AUGGCGUCUACGGCUUUCUUAGCUGGCGAACGGCUGAAGGGCUUGCCUGGAUAUGGUGAACCUGGAUUUCGAGCAAGGAUCUACUAUGAAUUGGCAUGUCAGUCUUCGCAUUUGUUGGCCAAGAACGUGAUUGCCUUGUGCCCCGAACUCUCGGGUCACGUUUUGGACCAGCAGCAGACCAUCAGAAAGGUCAAUUUGCUACACCUUGCCAGACUGCUGUCUGGCGACAUCUUUCACCUGGCAGGAUAUUUGUUUCGUGUAGCUAUUGAGCUAGUGGGUUGGCUGCACCUCUCAUCAGGGAACUGCCAGAAAAACCGGCAGCAGCUCUCGCAAGCUAUCGCCAGCAGCCUGCAGAGCUACUGGGAACAGAUGGGAAAGGCCUUGAACCAACUCAGCACUCCACAAGUUUACGCGCCAGGCAUGGGAAGUACCUCAAAUAUCAUCGCAGAGAGGAUGACUUCUCCUGGCCUCAUCGACUUUUGGAAAAAGCUGGUCGAAGGCGCCAUGUCUGCGCCUUGUUUGGACAUCGUCCUGAACUUGGUGAUUUUGGUCUCCUACAUCCUCAACGAUGCAGUCCGCUUGAGGACGCACUUGUUUGCCCAGUUCUACGUCACCGAGCUGCAAAGUGAACAUCUUCCAGCAACUUCACGUGCAGUCAACGUCCUAGCGCCGCAACAGCCGGGUCAGCAGUUUGUUUUUCAAACGCACCGCUGCUGUCUGCGAUACCAUGUGCUACUUCAAUUGCUGGAGGAACUGCAGCUUCAGAAGUCCCAAGUUACGAUGAUCGAGAUCGGAGUUCACACGGGUUCCACCGCCAAAUUCCUCCUGGACCGAGCUCCUUUCUUGCGAUGGACGGGCAUUGAUCCCUACAUCGACUACAGAACUGGCUCCGGUGAUGGUUUGUUCGCAGAUGCCAUGAAAAACCUGGAGCCUUUUGGUCAGCGAGCUCAGCUUCUGCGAAUGCCAUCGUCAGAGGCAUGGGAAACUGAAGGGCCUCUUCGAGGAGUUGAUGUGAAAUCAGUGGACUUGUUGUUUGUGGAUGGAGAUCACGAUUACAAUGCCACCUUGAACGAUUUGAAAUCCUGGUCGCGAUUCGUGCGAAAUGGCGGCAUCAUCUCUGGGCACGAUAUUUUCAACCCAGUGAAUGAUGGGGUCACAGAUGCUGUGGAGGAUCUUUUACGCCUUGCACGACCUGGUGGCUGCACCGUACAAUUCCUGGGUGCCAAGGGUGACAAGACGAUCGAAGGACGCACGGACCUAGGCAACUUGGCGCGGCUCAUCUUUCGAGGAGCAAGAGGCAACUUGGUGCUUUCCGAGAAAAGAGACAUUCAGCUGGUGAUGCUGGCAGUGACCAUUGCAUUCGGCCAUGUCAGUCCUCAUGCUAUGCUCCGGAGAGCUCUCUUGCGCAGCGCGCAGAGGACGGCUGAAGCCAAAGCCAUCACCAGGCAGUUGGUCAAACUUGGCUCCGAUUCGCUGUGGAACAAAGCGUUGGAGCUUCUGGGAGCGUCUUUCAGUUUGGUGCAUACCAAUGCAGUCAUUUCUGCAUGUAGCAAAGCAAAGCAGUGGCAACAGGCCCUGGCUCUCUUGGUUGACUCGCCACGACGGGACUGCCGGUUUCUGCGGAGUACCGACGCAGUUUCCUUGGCGGCAGCCUUGGGUGCCAAGCCACCUUGGCGACAGGUGCUACAGUUGCUGCAAGCCUCUGAGCGAUGGCAGCUGCAAAGUGAUGAGAUGGUUGCAUCUGCAGCCAUCAGCUCCUGCAGCCACGAGUCUAUGUGGGAGGUGUCGUUGGCUCUCCUGACGAAGUUCAAGGUGGAGUCGACCGUGGCUGUUGGUGCUGCGAUUUCAGGAGCUGAACGCUCGGCUCAAUGGCAAGUGGCAAUUGCUUUGCUGAAGAACUUGAGGGCGAAGGUGAGACCCCGCUUCAUUGCCUUCUCCACCACCAUCUUGGCGUGUAGCAAGUCAUCUCAGUGGGAGGCAGUGAUGCAACUGCUGGAAGAGGAAGGACAAGCACUCGAUGCGGUGACAUGUACUGCAGCAAUCACAGCUUGCCGUGAUGGCCACAAUUGGCAGUUUGCUCUUGGUUUGCUCUUCGAUGCUCUUGACCAGCAACCAAGUCCCUUCCAGCAACGAGGAGAAGCACCGAGUCUGACGUCAUCGAACGCCUGUUUGAGCGCUUUAGAAAGAUCCAGCCGAUGGCAGCUGGCGAUUUGCAUGUUAAUCAACGAUCUUCCCUUGCGACGCCUACAGCCUGAUGAAGUUUCCUUCAACACGGCGAUCAGCUGCUGCAGUGCUCGGCUGAAGUGGCAGCAUGCCUUGGCCUUGCUGCGGCGAAUGCAGCAACAUCAGCUGCGGGAAGAUGCUGUGACGUGGAAUGCUUGCAUGACUGCUUGCAGCAAUGGGCAGAAGGCUGAACUCGCCUUGGAUUUAUUCCAGGAAUUCAAGUGCCACGGAAACGUGAGCACCGCCGUGGCCAACGCAGCCAUCGCAGCAUGUGUUCCAACCCACUCGUGGCAGUUUGCCGUGGAGCUGUUCCAACAGCUACAGCGGGGAUGGACUUCGAAGGCAAAGUCUCUUGAUGCUGCCGCUGACAGAGUGUCAUUCAACACCACCCUUGCUGCUUGUGCGGCUGGUCAGGCUUGGGAGAUGGCAUUGUCGCUCGCCGCCGAAGGUGCGCUCAACGAGAUCGCCUUGGGUGCUGUGAUCGCUGCCAUGGGCACCCGAUGGAAGGAGGGACCUGUACACAGGAGGCAAUUCAACUUGCCCAGCAAGCAGCAGAAAGAUGCCCCGAAACAAUCCAACAAAGCCCUGGCAGAUGUACCGUCCAGCAGCACUUACACCGUGACUGUCCAGAGCAACACCAUGCGAGAGCUCUUCUUGCAAACUCCAGAUGGCAAGGACUUCAGGAUCAAGGCAACUGGGGGGCAUCCUUUCUACACCAAAGAAAAGGACUGGGCAGUGAUCUCCCCAGAUGACGCUCACUUUGACACGUCCAAGCCAGUGAAGAAGCUCAGUGUAGGUGACACGCUGGUUCUUCGCAGCGGUGCCGGCGCCAAGCUUUUGAAGAUUGGAGAAGUGUUGCCACGCCAGAAGACUUACAACCUUUCCAUUGAUGGGCCAGGCACCUUUUUCGUGGAGGGCAUCUUAUCACACUCAGGGUUGCCGCCGCCGAAGAAGUGUCACCAGCUGAAAGUGCAGGUCAUGAGGCUUAAGGCUAGUGCCACCACAAAACAAAUCUUGCUGCGAUCCUUUGAAGAGAUUUCUUGUACUCGAAACCCUUGGCCACCGUCGUCCCAUAGUCCUUGGCUAUCUUGCUCCUUCAUGGCGUCCGCGACUCGAACAGUGACUGUGCCAGCAGCGGCAGCGGCAUCAGAUGGAGUGCGCGCAGCUGACGCAACUCCUGGGUCUUGGGCGCUUGUCUCCACACCUGCCAGCAGCCCAACCACAUCUGAGACUUCAAGCGACGGCUCAAGUGACCUCUCGUUUUGGUUCCAAAAGAUGGGGGCGCCCUGUCCGGAAAAGUGGGCGCGCAAGUUUUAUGAUGCUGGCUAUGGGGACGUGGAGGAAGUAGCAGCCUUGGCAGCUGCUGAUUUGGAUAAUGUGUUCACUGAGCUUGGUGUCCCAUCUGGCAUUCAGAAGAAACUUCGGACUGGCAUUCCACAGUUCCGAGAUGGAACCCUUGCUUCCAUGCCGCAGGGUGAUUUGGAUGCAACAGCUCCUGUUCAGUCUGAAGGCUUCAAUUGGUGGUUUUGGGGAUGCAUCGCUGUGGCUGCUGUUGUAGUUGCCGCCGCUGGUGCUAUGGUGCUCGCCAAACAAGCAGCUGCAGCAGAAGUUGCAGCAGCAAAAGCAGCAAAAGAGGCAGCGGCGGCCGCAGCAGCAGCUGCAGCAAAAGCAGCAGAAGAGGCAGCGGCGGCCGCAGCAGCAGCUGCGGCAGAAGAGGCAGCUGCGGCCGCAGCAGCAGCUGCGGCAGUAGCUGCAACACAAGAGGCAGCUGUAGUGGCGGGGGCCGGUGUUGCUGGUAGUUUUGCUGUCAGUUUCAUGUUGCUGCCUCUUGUAGUAGACUGUUUGGACGGUGAGACUUUGGUGACGAUGGCAGACCGCUCCAAGAAAAAGAUCAAAGAUGUGAAGGUGGGCGACAAGAUCUUGAGCUACAACAAAGGCAAGCUGCAUGUGAAGACCGUGGUUAAGGUGAAGGAAGGCCAGAGCAACACCAUGCGAGAGCUGUUCUUGCAAACUCCAGAUGGCAAGGACUUCAGGAUCAAGGCAACUGGGGGGCAUCCUUUCUACACCAAAGAAAAGGAGUGGGCAGUGAUCUCCCCAGACGCUCACUUCGAUACAUCCAAGCCGGUGAAGAAGCUCAGUGUAGGUGACACGCUGGUUCUUCGCAGCGGUGCUGGCGCCAAGCUUUUGAAGAUUGGAGAAGUGUUGCCACGCCAGAAGACUUACAACCUUUCCAUUGAUGGGCCAGGCACCUUUUUCGUCGAGGGCAUCUUGUCACACUCAGGGUUGCCGCCGCCGAAGAAGUGA